UCCGAGUCGCUUGGGAUUGGGCCACCAAACUGAAACCGAGUCAAAGACUUUGAGCUGCCAGCGAUGUCAGCUGCAUGAGUAAGUGAGACCUUCGCCCGAUGUCCAACUUGGCACUAUAUAAACUGUGCCGCUUGGUUGAUUCGAUAUCAAAUCAAGCUCACAGCUCCAAGUAUCCACAGCUAAACAACAAAAAACCAACAAAAAUCAACAUGAAAUACUUCGCCGUCUGCUUCUUCGCUCUUGUGGCUGUGGCUGCUGCCAAGCCUGGUAUUGUGGCUCCUCUGGCUGCUGCUCCUCUGGCCUACACUGCUCCGGCUGUGGUGGGCAGUGCCGCCUAUGUGGCUCCUUAUGCCUCCAGCUACACCGCCAACACUGUGGCCCACAGCGCCGCAUUCCCAGCUGCCUACACUGCCGCCGCUUAUACCGCCCCCAUUGCCACCGCCGCCUAUACUACUCCAGUUGCUGCUGCCUACACUGCCCCAGUGGCUGCUGCCUACACCGCUCCUAUUGCCGCUCCCCUGACCGCCGCCUACACCGCUCCCGUGGCCCGCCUUGCCGCUCCUUAUGCCGCCGCCUACACCUCUCCCCUGGCCUACAGCUCGCCGUACGUGGCCACCGCUGCCGCUCCUCUGCUGCUGAAGAAGUGA